AAGUGUUUUAGGCGCUUUGCUCAAAACUGUCAUUUUUUCAACUAAAUUUGUGCCCUCAUGUCUAGAACAUUUUUAAAUCUUCUAUUCACUUUUCAAAUGGUUUUCAGACAAGAUUACAUAUACGUUUUGUAAAAAAAACUUGCAAUAUGCUCUUUAACAUGCUAUUCAUAAUAAAAAAUGGAAUUGUUGUAUUAAUAUAUCCUCAUACAAGGGUGUUUGAUUCAGGAUCAAAGUCCAGUUACUCCGCCAAAAAAGGUGAACUAUUUGCUUCUGACAAACAUCAUUCACUCACUCAGUCAGUGAUCGCUGUGAAGUCUGGACUUUUCUUUAUGAGCUAGAAGGUGAAAUGGCGCCGUAACAAUUUCUGGUGAGUAGAUUUAAAGAAAUGAGGGGAGAUUGUUCUUUUAACGCUUCCCAUUUUGCUCUCUGUAUACCACCAAUUUCCAUCAAUAAACAGAUUUGUAAAAAAAGAAAAGAAAAAGGAUUGAGGGUUAGGGUUAAGUUACAGGUUAAGUUACAGUUCUGUCUCGUAGCACAAUGACACAAACUACAGAACAAGAAAUGACCACAAAUUUAAAUAAUCAUUUAAAUCACAGUCAUCAUUUUAUAGUGUAUGCUGAGAUCUGCUGUCAGAAAAUAAUCAUCAAGGUAAGUUUUUGUUUUCCAGCUGUGGAUCACAAACCUGUUGACUGCUGCAGUAAAAUGCUGUUGGAGUUUCAUGAGAUGAUAAAAGUGAUAAGAGUUUUUUCUACCAGAACCAAAAUAAAUGAAUGGGGUCAAAAUUUAAGAUUAUUUUUCAGACUGUGGGGUUUUUUGUGAGUCAGCAAGACAUCUGAUGAGAAACAGAGGAGAGGAGUUUUUUGUAAGACGUCAAAAGACAAAAAGGUUGGAAACCCCUGGUUCCAUCUUUAACAAUGUGUUGUAUUUUAAAAGCUUGUUAUAUUAUCCAUUGUGUCAAAUCUGCAUCCGAAAAGUACCUAAAGCUGUCAAAUAAAUGUAGUGGAGUAGAAAGUACAAUAUUUCCCUCUGAGAUGUAGUGGAGUGGAAGUAUGCUGUCACAUGCUUCAGUACAAGUACCUCAAAAUUGUACUUCAGCACAGUACUUGAAUAAAUGUAGUUAGUUACUUUCCACCACAUUUGUUCAACUUCACAGUAUUGUAUUUUUACAUGACUUAGAAGUACUAUGACCUAAAACUGUUACUCAGCAACAUGAUCAUUAUUUUUAUUGUGAUGUUAUUAAUAUUUCACAGGACAGCUGGUGACACAGAGCUCUUUAACUACAAAAGAACUCCUCAGAGAUCAGGGGACACCAUUAAUAACACUGACACAAAUAUUCACUGCCUUGCUCAGAGGACCUCCGCAAGGACGAGGUGUUGACCCAGCAGCACCAGUUGAAUUUCUCUCUUGUGGGUUUCCAGCAGAGUGACAGUAUGGCUGCAGCUCCUGAUGAUGUGCAACCACUGAAGCGCCGCAGCAGCUUUCCAUUCCUGCCCCCUCACUUGUCUGAGCUGAGGGUUGUUCUGCUGGGGAACAGCUGGUCUGAGAGGAGUUCAGUGGGGAACUUCAUACUGGGAGAAACUGAGUUCAACCCUGAGGAAGAACCAGACUGCUGUCAGAGAGCCAGAGGACAGUUGAUGGAGAAAAAAAUAGUUCUCAUUAACACCCCAGAUCUGCUGCAUCCAAACAUCUCUGAAGACAAACUGACAAAACAUGUAGAAAACAGUGUGAGACUCUCUGAUCCUGGACCUCAUGUGUUCCUGCUGGUUCUACAGCCUGAAGACUUCACUGAGGAACACAAGAACAGACUACAAUCAGUCCUUGAACUCUUCAGUGAUCAAUCUUUUGAUUAUUCACUGAUACUAUCAAAACCCAGAGAGGAGAGUUCAGGUUCUGUUGAAAAAGACCAAACACUGAAAGACCUGAUCGGAAUGUGUAAAGACCGAUAUUUGGAGCAGGAGGACCUUCAACUUCCACAGCUGUUAACUCACUUGGGUCAAAUUGUGAAAGACAACAACAAACAUUUGAGUUGUGAUUUAUUUGAGGAUGCAGCACCAAGUUUACAGUGUGACAAGACAAGCCUCAAGCCAGGGGAAGGAGCUGAGACCAGAAGACCAAAGUCUUUAAACCUGGUUCUGUGUGGGAGGAGAGGAGCAGGGAAGACUUCAGCAGCCAAGGCCAUUUUAGGUCAGACAGAGCUUCAUUCAGUCUCCAGCUCAUCAGAGUGUGUUAAACAUCAGGGAGAGGUGUGUGGACGUUGGGUUUAUCUGGUGGAGCUGCCUGCCUUGUAUGGAAAACCUCAGGAGGCAGUGAUGGAGAAAUCAUUCAGGUGUAUCUCCCUCUCUGAUCCUGAGGGUGUCCAUGCCUUCAUCCUGGUCCUACCUGUGGGUCCCCUCACUGAUGAAGACAAGGGAGAGUUAAAGACCAUCCAGAACACAUUCAGCUCUCGAGUCAAUGACUUCACCAUGAUUCUGUUCACUGUGGAGUCAGAUCCUACAGCUCCAGCUGUUGUUAACUUUGUAAAAGAAACCAAAGAGAUCCAGGAGCUCUGUAAGAGCUGUGGAGGAAGAUAUGUUGUUCUCAACAUCAAGAACAAGCAGCAGAUCUCUGAGAUGUUGGACACUGUGGAGAAGAUGAGACAAUCUAAAAAUAAACCAUGCAGCUAUACAACUGAAACAUUUGCACAUGCCCAAAUAGAGAAGAUCACCACACUUCAGGCUGACCUUAAGGGAAUGAACACACAAAGUGAUGAUGAGAAACAGAGCUCAGAGUGUGUCAGGAUUGUUCUGAUAGGGAAGACCGGCAGUGGAAAGAGCUCUUCAGGAAACACCAUUCUGAGAAGAAAAGAGUUUAAAGCUGAAUCAAGUCAAACAUCAGUCACCAGACAGUGUCAGAAAGCACAGAGUAAAGUGGACAGUCGUCGUGUCGCCGUGGUCGACACUCCUGGUCUGUUUGACACAACUUUGUCCAAUGAAGAGGUUAAAAAGGAGAUGGUGAAAUGCAUCAGUCUUCUGGCUCCAGGACCACAUGUCUUCCUGUUGGUGUUACAGAUUGGCAGAUUCACAGAAGAAGAGAAGGAGACAUUAAAAGUCAUCAAGGAAGCCUUUGGGAAGGAUUCAGAAAAGUUCACCAUCAUUCUUUUCACAAGAGGAGAUGACCUGGAGGAAGAGGAGCUGUCCAUUGAAAAAUACAUUAAAGAGAAAUGUGAUGAUCCAUUUAAGAAGCUGAUUGCUGACUGUGGAGGAAGAUACCAUGUGUUUAAUAACAGGGAUAAACAAAACCACACACAAGUCAGUGAGCUGAUAAACAAGAUUGACUCCAUGGUGAAGAAAAAUGGCGGCAGCUGCUUCACCAAUGAGAUGCUGCAAGAGGCCGAGGCAGCAAUAAAGAAGAAAGUGGAGAAGAUCCUGAAGGAAAAGGAAGAAGAGAUGAAGAAAGAGAGGGAGGAACUUGAAAGAAAACAUGAAGAAGAAAUUAAAUUGAUGAAAACACGAAUAGACGAACAGAGAACAGAGAUUGAACAGGAGAGAGAACUGAGAGCUAAAGAACUCAAGGAGAAGGAGCAAAACAUCAACAAAGAGCGUGAACAGAGAAAGAAAGAACAGGAAGAUAGAGAAGAAGAAGAGAAAGAGAGGAGAGAACAGGAAGAAAAUCAGCGACAGGAGUGGGAACAAAAACAUCAAGAUCUAGAGGAACAAAUGAAAUCACAAUCAGAAGAAAAAGGAACAAUUGAAGAAAAAUUGGAGCAGAACAAAAAACGCAUGAAAAAAAGAAGAGAUGCUUGGGAAAACGAACGGAAAGAAUGGUGGGAAGAACGAAAACAAGAGGAUGAAAAGAGAAAACAGGAAGAACAAACAAAACUUAGACAACUCCAGGAGGAAUUUGAGCAACAAAAAGAAAAAUAUGAAGACCAAAGAAAAGAAGAAGACCGUAUGAGGAGAGAACGGGAGGAAAAAGAGCGAAAAGAAUUAGAGGAAAACUACAAGACAGAAAUGCAGCUAAUGAAGACAAAGUAUGAAGAAGAAGCCAGAGAGCAGGCAGAAGACCUCAAUGAUUUCAAAGAGAAAUACACCCAGGAUUGUGACGCUCUGAUAGAAAUGUACAACAAGGCACUGAAUGAUCUGAAGCAAUCAUAUGAGAAAGUUCUGCAGGAGAAACAAGACCAUAAAACUGAUCAUAAACUUUUACAUGAUCUCUACAGCUACAAACAAGAACAUCUGAAACAAGAAUUGCAGACACUGCAGCAAAAGCAGGAAAAGGAAAUUCAUGUCUUACAAAAGAAACACAAAAAAGAUUGCAUCAUUGCCUAAACAACAAAUAUUCUUCAUGAGCACAAAAUAACAGUAAGAAAAACUCAGUUGUGUAUUAUCCUGUUGGUUAGUUGAUAUUUGACUAAUAUCAGAAUAAUUCAUUUUCAUACUUACAAAAAAACAAAAACAAAUGUCCAACAGCUAAAUUCAUAUUCAUGUAAGAGCUGAUCGCAACAUUUGAGCCUAAUGUGUUCUUUGUGAAAUUAUUGUUGAUGUAAAUAGAGUUCGAACAAUCAGGAAAAAUCUAAGUUGUAAGUAAAAGUUUGCCUUACAUUAUCCUUGAAUACUUUGAAGUAUUCAUCCUGUUUAUGUUGUAAUCAGGAAACAGCAGAUAGCAAAUAAUACCCAAGCAGACGUCCACAACACCUGGAGCCCCUCCACCUUUGCAUGAUGUCAAUAUUACAAGAUUUAGUGAGAGCACUGAGGGACCAGGUAAAUAUGUUAUGUCCAAAUAACAUCCCAUAUAAAAUACAUGUAUGUAAACAUUUACAUAUGAGAACAAAUCAGAUCUUUAUCUUUAAUUGAAUUUAUUUCUAAUUGAUUGAUUGAUUGUAAAUUAAAUGUCUUGUACAUAAUUCAGUCUUUUCAUUAUGGCAGAUUGAUGGACUUUGUGUGGAUGUUUUUCAUGUCAUUUAUUAAUGACUUAUUUUUUAUUUUUUAUUUUCAACUUUAUUUCUUUUUUACAUUGUUAUCUGAAAAACAGUAAGUACAAAAAUUGAUUCAACUUAUUGAAAAAGAAAAAAAUACAAAGCUAGAAAGAAUUAUUUUGUGAAAUAAAGUGCAAGGUAAAUGAGUUUCAGAACAGCAUUAUCCAUUAAUUACUGGUUUAAUUGAUGUAUGACGUGGGGAUGAAUGAUUUUUUUAUAGAUCUUUUUCUUUACACAGAGGACUCUGUACUGUCUCCCUGAAGGGGAGAACUUCUUUGUCAUCAUAGAGAUGAGCUAUGACUGUUAUUUAGAGCCUGAUGUUGCUUUGUUAAGUCUGACUAUGCUGGAGAGUUUGGCCUUGUAAAUGUUAUGCUGCACACAACUGGAACAAACUACCAGCAGAACUGAAAUCAGCCCCAACUGUGAAUAUUUUUAAAUCCAGGUUAAAAACACUUCUUUUCUCCUGUGCUUAUGAUUGAGCUCUUUCAAAGCACUUUAAAUGUUAAUCUUUCGUUUGCACUCUAUGUCCUUUUAAUGAUUUUAAAGCAAAUCAUUAUUUUAUGCUGCA